AUGUGGACGUUACCAAAGCCCGGGUACCGCGACGGCGCGGAGGAGCAGAUCGCCGUGAAUGUGGGCGGCGUGAGGCUCGCGCUGCGCGGCGACAUGCUGGACCGCUACCCGGAGAGUCGCCUCGCGGAGCUCGCGCGAAGCACGACGCGCGGUUUCGACGCCAUCUCCUCGUUAUGCGACGACUACGAGCCGGCAAAGGGGGAGUUUUACUUCGACCGGGACCCGGACUCGUUCAAGUGCAUCGUGGAGGUGUAUUAUUUCGGCGAGGUGCACAUGAAGAAGGGGAUUUGCCCGAUGUGCUUCAUGAAGGAAAUGGAGUUCUGGAGGAUCGACUCGAGCUGCUUGGACGAGUGCUGCAAGAGCAACGUGCGCGAGAAGGAGGAAGAGCUGGCUGAAAUAGCUGAUAAGGUCAAGGCCAUCCUGGACGACCUGGACAUUGAUGGAGGGCCUUUGGCGACCCGGUCCGAACGCAUCCGGAAGUUUCUCUGGAGGCUCAUGGAGAAACCGGAGUCGUCCUGGGUGGCACGCGCCAUCGCAGUGGCGUCCUUCCUGUUCGUGCUCACGUCUUCGCUGGUGAUGUGUCUGGCGACGCUUCCAGAGCUGCAGGUGCAAGACGCAGACGGCCACGUGGCCGAACACCCGACUCUGGACGCCAUCGAGACGGCGUGCGUGUGCUGGUUCACGUUGGAAUACGGACUGCGUUUUGCCUCGGCUCCUGAAAAGACACGUUUCGUCCUGUCCUUCCUCAACAUGGUGGACUUGGCUGCGAUUGCGCCGUUUUACAUCGUACUGGCUCUGACCCAUCUCGGUGCCACCGCUGCGAUGGACCUCACGGACGUCCAACGGGCCGUGCAGGCGUUACGCGUGAUGCGCGUAGCACGCAUACUAAAGCUAGCACGCCAUUCAUCUGGACUUCAGACUCUGACGUACGCGCUAAGGCGCAGCUUCGCCGAGCUCGGGCUCUUGCUAACCUACAUGGGUGUUGGGAUCUUUGUCUUCUCGGCACUCGGAUACACCAUGGAGCACAGCCACCCGGAGACACUGUUCCGCAGCAUCCCGCACUCCUUCUGGUGGGCCAUCAUCACCAUGACGACGGUGGGCUACGGGGACGUGUACCCGAAGACAGCGCUGGGGAGGUGCAACGCAGCACUCAGCUUCCUGUGCGGCGUAGUAGCUAUCGCGCUGCCUGUCCACCCCAUCAUCAACAACUUUGUCGUCUACUACAACAAGCAGAAGGUGCUCGAGACUGCAGCCAGACACAAGCUCGAGCUCAUGGAGCUGCACGGGACCCUCGGGCAGGGAACGGACAAACACCAGACGCUCAGGGUUUCCAGGAGCGACUCGCACAUUGCGAUGCUAACCGGCGAACGCAGGACGGUGAAGAAGAGGAGCGUAUCUUAAAAAAAAAACAAACUGCAGGAGAAAAACCCCAACAGUAGCAAGAAUCAGUUCCUUAAAGUGACUCAGUGACUGAAUUCUAUCAUAAAAUGUUCAACACGCUACAUAUUUUAUGAAAAAAACAAAAAAACAAGUCGGUGUUUCUAAAUUGACUUCUGCCUCCGAUUGCCUCCGAGAUGUGUGACGUAAAACUGCAAACGAUGCUAUAUAUUGUACGGAAAAAGAAAAAAAAACAACAGUGGCUUUUGCAUUUUAAUGGAAAAAAAGAACCAUAGCAAGCAAAGUUAACGUCCCUGUCUGAAAUGUGCAUGAGUCUUACAUGACGUCAAAAAAAAAACACCCUGUGAUAUAUGAAUGAUACUGUGCAUGUUGUAACAAAAGGACACUUCAUAUUUUACGAAAAUAAAAUGCUGUCCAAGACAGUCCGAAUGUUUAGCCUCACUCACUGACUUACUGACAGACUAAAGGUCAACUAGCGCAACUAGCAUUCUAGCAGGACCAAUGCAGAAGAGAACAAGUUGUAAAAAAAACCUGCUUACUCAAUGAUCCUGACUGCCUCCUGCUGGCUGAAACGUGCAUG